AAGUGUGACUAUCGUCAUUGUCAUCGUCAUUCUCGUUUGAAUAUUAAAUGCAGUAUUUAAAUAUUUCCAUAAAUUUCAUGUAAUUAUUCACAUCUAGUUUGGUUACAAAUACAUUUCAAUUAUUUUGUGAAUGUUCAAGUGCUGAAGUGAUCAAAUUUACUGAAAAAGUUUUCGUUUGUGUUGGAUCUUCAACAUGUGUUUAUGAUGUAGCUUAGAUGUGUUUUCUGAUGGGCUCAAGUCAGAGUCAAAGAUCAUGGUGCGGCUGUGGACCAGCUAUAAAAACAGGAGGCAUUUGCGAUGGAAGUUGUGCUACAGUAGACGAAUCAUGCAACCAGGUGACAGCAUUUUUGAGAUCUCGUCCAGAUUUCCUGGAGAGGUAUCUGAUGGAGGAAGUAGAAUUAGAACAAUUAGAACGAUGGAUGAUCAGGAAAACGCAACGAACGAGGAAAGCCAUGUUGCAACAGCAAUCAGGUAAUACACCAUCUGGUAAGUGCGUGGAUGGUUGCAACGAUCCAUGUGCUUAUGGAAAUAGUGGAAAUAAUGCGGCUGCCAAGGGCCGAAAAACUAGUCUAUCACGAUGGAAAUUUUGUGUACAUGCAGAUAAACGACAAAUGUUACAGGAUUUGACGCAGUCCUUGCAUUUUCGUCCUGCAAAGUCCCAAGUACUUUGGGAAUUAGCCAAUUGUAUAUCAUCAGCAGUAGGUGCUGAUGGUUUUAAUUUAUAUGUAAUUAAUCCGGAUUUGAUGCAAAAUCAAAAACAACCGGAAAAUCAUCUAUUACUUCAUCCGGGACCAGAAGCAGUCGUAAAUGACAAAUUAAAAAGAUCAAAUGGAAAAACUAAAACUGGUGGUUCUAUUGUACGAUUUGUAGCCAAAUCUAGGGAAGCUGUACGAUGGACCAGAAACAAUAAUGAUCCAAGAUUUUUGGACAACCCUACAGACGAGUUAGAAGACAUAUCACACAUCCUCUGCCAACCAAUGAUCCAAUCCGAUGGUCAUCUAGCAGCGGUUCUCGAACUGUGGCGACGCGGAGAACAAACUGGAGGAGCCUUUCACGAAGAAGACGAAGAAAUAUCCUGCAGUUACUUGGUUUGGGGAGGAAUUGCUUUGCAUUAUGCCCAAUUGUACCUAGGAUUACAAAAACAAAGGAAAUUGAACGAUUUCUUGUUGGCCGUCGUCAAGUCAAUUUUCCAGGACAUGGUCAGUAUAGACAUGCUGGUGAAAAAAGUUAUGAAUUUUGCGCAAAGACUAGUAGAUGCUGAUAGGGCUUCCUUGUUUUUGGUAGAUAACAAAAGUCAUGAACUUUAUGCCAAAAUUUUUGAUGUAGGAGUGGAAGAUGAAAAUAAAUAUGUGCACGAUGAUACACAUGAUGGUUCAUCGAAUCCGAUCAUAUCAGCUUCUUUUGGAAAUCUUUUUGCUUCUCAAGAAUCUGACUCGCCUAUUGAUGCAAAAGGAUCCUUAACAACGCAACCCAGCCGGACAAGUACUUACCCAUCACAAAUGCAGAAGAAAUCUGAAAACGAAAUCAGGUUUCCUCUGGGAACUGGAAUCGCUGGUCAAGUUGCUCUGACAGGAGAAAUUUUGAACAUACCUGAUGCCUAUGCUGAUCCUCGGUUUAAUCGAGAAGUUGAUCAAAUUACUGGAUACAAGACAGAAUCUAUUCUAUGUAUGCCUAUUUUUAUCCGAGGAUCAAUAAUUGGAGUAGUCCAAAUGGUGAAUAAGCAUACUGGAACUUUCAACUCCGAAGAUGAGGAAGCUUUUGAAAUGUUUGCUGUAUAUUGUGGGCUGGCCCUUCAUCAUGCAAAAUUAUACGACAAAAUCAAAAGAUCAGAACAAAAAUAUAGAGUUGCUUUGGAGGUUCUAAGUUACCACAACACGUGCACAGAAGACGAAUUUAAUAAAGCAAUAGGCAGGGGAAUUCCAGAAUACGUCCCCGAUUUAGACGACUACUACUUCGACCCCUUCAAAGUGGAUGAUUAUCAGAAGGCUAUAAAUGCAAUGUCAAUGUUUAUUGAUAUUUUUGGUUUGAAUCGAUUUGAGCUGAACAGUCUUAUAAGAUUCACUCUGACCGUAAAGAAAAAUUAUAGGAGGGUUCCGUACCAUAAUUGGACGCACGGAUUUUCUGUUGCCAAUACGAUGUAUUGCAUAAUUAAACAUUCGCGGAAUGUCUUUAGGCCAAAUGAGUGUCUGGCUAUGUACAUUGGUGCACUCUGCCACGAUUUGGAUCACAGAGGCAAAAACAACAAAUUCAUGAUGGAAAUGGAAUCACCUUUAGCCGCUAUUUACAGUACAUCAACCAUGGAACAUCAUCAUUUCAAUCAGACUGUCACGAUAUUACAACAGGAAGGCCACAACAUUUUUGCCAAACUGACCAGUGGCGAAUACAAAUACGUUCUGAGUCAUCUAAAACAUUGCAUUUUGGCGACGGAUCUUGCUCUAUUUUUCCCAAAUCGGGAAAGAUUAAGCAUGCUUUUGGCAGAAGACAACUUUUCCUGGAAUAUGCCAGAACAUAGAAUGUUGGUUCAUGCUUUAUGUAUGACUGGGAGCGAUUUGUCCGCCAGUGCCAAACCUUGGGACAUCCAGGCGGAAACUGUUAAAGUUAUAUUUGAAGAAUUUUAUCAACAAGGUGAUGCCGAAAGGGCAGCAGGUCGCCAGCCGAUGUCUAUGAUGGAUCGGGAGCUACCUGAAGAACAACCUGGGUCUCAGGUAGGUUUCCUGACAGGAAUCUGCAUACCUUGUUACAGCAUUUUGGCCAGAUUGAUUCCGGAAACUAAACCAUUGUUGACACAAUGUCAAAAGAAUCUAAAUCGGUGGCAGGAACUCACUGAGGAUGCUAAGGCACAAAAGGCUGAAAAAUUUAAAAAUUCGGAUGAGAAAUGAUAGAGGAUAAUGCAAAUAUGAUAAAAACAAGUAGCAAGAUGAACCUGAAGGAAC